AUGAUCCGGUAUUCGCAACAUGGGGAUCUUCUGUACAGAUGCGCUCAAGAACUUUUAUCACCUCAAGAGCUGCUCGAUUACACACUCCCAAUAUAUUGUCGAUCCUAUUCUGAAUGUGUUGAUCGUGAUCUUUUCGAGAAAUUCGGUCUUGAAUUAGUUAAAGCAGAUGCUAUCAAUGUCAAAUCAGAUCUUGGAGAAAAAAUUCGAAACGGUGAAAUAAUACUUGGCUACUUGGCACAAGUGCAGACCGCUGCUGUCCGUACUGCCUGUGAAUAUCCUCUCAAACAAGCAUUAAUUUCUAAUAGGCAACCAUCAACAGAAGAGAUCGUCAAAAUAUUGGAUCAAUAUUGGGAUUUGCAUGAGAAGGGAAUGAAGGAGCAGUCGUAG